AUGUUAACUUCAUUCCGCUCGUUUCGGCCUGCCAGAGUGUCUGAGGCGGUUGCGAGCUGCAGCGCUGUCCGCUCCGGUGGCAUGGCUGGUUGUAAGAAGCUAGCCUCUUUGAGCAGUUUCAGCGAGACGGAUGCGUGUCAAAUCCUUACUGGGAAAGCCACGGAGUCGCUCAUCGGAUCUGUCGUGGGGCCAGGACCGUUCGUGGGGGUGGCAGGCCGGAACUACUCAGGCAGUAACAAACCUCGGAACCAAGAUCUGCCGAGCGAAGUGGACGUGUUGAUCGUCGGCGGCGGCAUCACAGGCAGCGCUCUACUCUACAGUCUGGCCGAGUUCACCGAUCUGCAGAAGGUACUCCUAAUCGAACGACGCAACGCCUUUGCCCAAGUCGCUUCCGGCCCGAAUAAUAACUCUCAAACAAUCCAUUGUGGAGACAUUGAAACUAACUAUACAAUCGCCAAGGCCGCAGCCGUCAAGCGACAAGCCAACCUCCUGCGCAACUUCGUCUCCAAACUCCCCCACGGUGAACAAAAGGUGGCCACUGCAGUCAUGCAAAAAAUGGCUAUCGGCGUCGGAGAGAAGGAAUGCGAAUUCAUGGAAAAGAGGUAA